GUACGUAGUCCGGCCCAACUCCCAACUACUGCUCUCUCCCGAAGAUAUAUAGAGGAGCCCCUUCGUCUUCCUCUUGCCGCUCCGUUUCCAAGCUAGUCGAGGGCUUAAUCUCCGAACGAUCGGUGGAGUUUAGCACCCUAUCCCACAUGGCCGCCAUGCCAUUAGCCACGGCUGACCUAUGUGAUGCGAAUUUGCAUCCAAUGAUCAAAGGUGAGCUACGCGCCCUCCACCCCAUCUUCCAAAUCUACGGGAGGCGGUGUGUUUUUGCCGGCCCAGUCGCGACGGUGAAGGUCUUCGAGGAUAAUGUUCUGGUUCGUGAGCUCAUUAAGGAGGAGGGCCACGGCAGGGUCCUCGUGGUUGACGGCGGCGGCAGCAUGCGCUGCGCCAUUUUGGGUGGCAUCCUCGCGCAGACUGCGCAGAGAAACGGAUGGGCUGGCAUCGUCGUCAAUGGCUGCAUCAGAGACGUUGAUGAUAUCAAUGGCUGUGACAUUGGUGUUCGUGCUCUGAACUCACACCCUGUGAAGCCAGGCAAGAAGGGCGCCGGCGAGAAGCAUGUGGCUGUGACCAUUGCAGGGACCAGGAUCUGCGACGGCGAGUGGCUCUACGCCGAUGCCGAUGGCAUUCUCGUCUCGAAGAAUGAAUUGGCUAUGUAAACUGUGUGCGUAUUGGUAUGUUGAUUUGUAUGAGUAUUCGGUGCCAAAAGGAUUGCUGCUUCUACCCUCCUCGUGUACCGUCCAAAAUUGUAAUAAAUGUUAAAUUGCAGUCAGGUUCCUUUUGCCCGAGA